AUGUUUCAUCUUCAUUCACGUUUGCAUGGUCCACCUGACAGCUGUCCCAACAAUACGAUCAUUGUUUGUGUGCAGCCAGCUACAAGCCAAAUGCUCUUCAUACUUCUAUGGAGAAGCUCUGAGAUCCCCGUCAAGUUGUUUCAAGACAUUUAUCGGUACAUUUGGAGAUCACUAGAGUCCAUGACCUCCAGAUGUUUGUGGAGCUCAGAAAAAGGAGGUGAAAUAUUAUUGGUGAACUGCAAGCAAAUAGAUCUGCGGUUAAUAUCAUAUUAUAAAUGA